AUGGAUGCGAUAACGGCUCGCCUUCAGACCUCCUUCGAUGAGGUGCUCGCGUCUGCCUCCUUGCUCGUGGAGGCCGCUUCUUCAGCUCCCCGUAGUGGCACACAAUCAGGCUCCAGUGCGCCGCGCAGUGAGGUGGCGGUAGCAUCAGCGCUGGAGGUGUUUCAGAGCCGAGUGGACCUCUUUCAAGCCGCAUGCGACCGGGCUCAGCAGCACGUGGACGCGGCGAGGCACCGGCUGCUGUCGGAAAGCCUGGUGGACGAAGCAAGAGGCGCAGCAAGCGACGCGUCUGCUGUGGGUGCAGCAGGAGGAGAAGGGGAGGCGCAGAUGGUGCUGGGAGCAACUCGGUUGGAGCAGAUCAGCAAGGCAGUGAGAGCCAUGGUGCAGGACCUGCAGCAAGGGCAUGCAGGGAAUUACUGA